UGGUUCUCUGGUGCGGGCGACGAUGACGUAGAGGACUGGUUAGACUCCUACUUCACGGCAUACAUCGAAGAAGUUCUCCAGCUCUGCCGACGAUCCAACCCGGACAUGACCGAAAAACAAAAAGUAAACCAUAUCUUGAAG